CGUCAGCUUCUUUUCCUGACAGUUGUUCCCUUGCCCUGGGUUGUUUCUGGGGUCAUUCCUAGAGAGUCGGCCUAGAUUGCAUCGCCUGUGGCAGAUGUUAGAAUCGCUGCCACGUUUCCAAUUAUCAGUAGACCCUCCUAGAUUCGUCGGAUAUUCUUAUCCGCUCGCACACACCGACACAUCGCCUCGCUGUCUCGCUGUCUCGCUGUCUCGCUGUCUCGCUAACCCCGUCGCAUCACCUCACUAGCCAACAAUCCAGACCAAAUAUUUGAUGCACUACAACUCGGGUUAUUCGCAGGGUUGGUCCGGCGGCUAUCCCCCUCCUCCUCACCAAGGGAGCUGGGGACCGCCGCCUCCUCACCACCACCACCAGCAAUACCCUCCAAGUCCGCAGUACUAUCCUCCCCCCGGACCUCCCUCCGGACCUCCCCCCGGUCAUCAGUACUCCCCUCCUCCAGGACCCCCGCCCGGACAAUACUCGCCCCCUCCAGGCCCUCCACCCGGUCAUCAGUAUCCUCCUCCAUCCGGUCCUCCUCCAUCGCGACACCACCACCACACCUCCUCCGGAAGUUAUCCCGCCUACCCAUCCCCGGCUCCCUCGCCCUAUGGCCAUCCUCACACACCGACUCCACCACCCCAAUCCUCCUCACCAGGCCACAUCCGAUCCUACUCCAACCACUCCCAAUCAUGGGGUCCCCUCCCCCCGCGGCCCCCGCAAGAAGCCCAACAAUUCGGCAACGGCGCCCCCUCCAACUACCGCUUCCAGUAUUCGAACUGCACGGGUCGCCGCAAAGCCCUGCUAAUCGGGAUCAACUACAUCGGCCAGCCGAACGCUCUGCGGGGUUGUAUCAACGACGUGACCAACAUGUCGACUUUCCUGAACCAAAAAUACGGGUACCGCCGCGAGGACAUGGUGAUCCUGACGGACGAUCAGAAGAACCCGAUGAGCUUGCCCAACAAGGCGAAUAUCCUGCGGGCGAUGCAGUGGUUGGUCAAGGAUGCGCAGCCGAAUGAUUCGUUAUUCAUCCAUUUUUCGGGUCACGGAGGCCGGACCCCCGACCUUGACGGGGAUGAAGAAGAUGGCUACGACGACGUAAUCUACCCCCUCGACUACCGCACAGCCGGCCACAUCGUCGACGAUGACAUGCACGCUAUCAUGGUCCGCCCCCUCCAACCUGGCGUUCGCCUAACCGCCAUCUUCGACUCCUGCCACUCCGGCACCGCCCUCGACCUCCCCUACGUCUACUCCACGCAGGGCAUCCUCAAGGAACCCAAUCUCGCCAAGGAGGCCGCCCAGGACCUGUUCAGCGCCUUCCAGUCCUACGGCAAGGGCGACCUCAGCAGCGCCGCUCAGACGGCCAUCGGGUUCUUCAAGAAGGCGGCCAACGGCGACACCGCCCGUCAGCGCACGAUGCAGACGAAGACUUCCCCGGCGGAUGUGGUGAUGUUUUCGGGAUCGAAAGAUACGCAGACUUCGGCCGACACAUUCCAAGACGGCGAAGCGCGUGGCGCCCUGAGCUGGGCGUUCAUUAAGACGCUCCAGCAGCGCCCGAACCAGAGUUACCUGCAGCUGCUGAAUUCGAUCCGGAAUGAGCUGGAGGGCAAGUAUACGCAGAAGCCGCAGUUGAGUUGUAGUCAUCCGCUUGAUACCAAUUUGCUUUUUGUUAUGUGAGAUGUGGGGGAGUGAGGUGCAUGAUCUCAGCCUGGUGUUAGCGCUUCUGAUCCAUCAUUACUACUGCUCUUAGUUAUUCUUACUAGGGUGAUUCUAUAUAUAUCCCUGGACGGUC